CAGAGAGGAUAAUAAAUACUCAUUCGCGUAAGUACAUUCAGAUCUCACUGUGAGCAUUCAGGAUGAAGCUGAUAUGUAUAUCCCUGCUCCUCUUCAUAUGGGUUUCUCCAAUGUGGACAACACCUUGCAAGACCGUCGUACGGAUAAAAAAACAAGCUAUGGAAUAUGCUUGCCAGACACAGAGAAGACCUCUUCAAAAAGCAUUCGGCAUCAUUCCAAUACCAGAACUGCAUGAAAAAAAAUCAAGUGGUGGAGGAAUACUUGGAAAUAUCCUUAACAAUGGAGGGCUCAUUGGUGCUGGUCAAAAACUGCUGGGAAAUGUGGUGAAUCUUGUUGGGAUUAAAAUUCUGGAGGUGAAUCUUCCUGAAUUAAAUGUGAAACUAGUGCCAAAUAUAGGAGUUCAAGUGUCCGUAGACACCAACUUACAUAUCUCAGGAAAUCUUGUUAUUGUUGGUGGAAUUGAACUAAAAGUCGGAGCUGGAGUCCUUGCCGAUGUAAGAGUUUCAAAGACAAAAGGAGGAUUUCCUAUCUUGGCUGUUACUGCCUGCAAGUCCAUUCUUGGAGAUAUCGAUAUCACAGUUGGAGGUUUUGGAUUACUUCGUCCAAUUGUGAGGGCUAUACAAGGGCAUAUUCAUGCCAUCCUCGGUGAAAGGCUAUGCGUAUCAGUUUCUAAUGUAUUCCUGGGAUUGAAUGCAGAUUUGGGUCUAAUGGCUGGAAUCACUCCAAUCAGUGAAGAUAUGGGAUUACAAUAUAUUGUUGAAAAUCCUCCUGUUGUAACUGAUGACUACAUGGACAUGGAAAUGAAUGCUGAAUAUUCAGUAAACGAGCAGGUGAUUGAGCUUCCCACCGGUGAUCAAGAAUUCACUCUUCCUCCAGGAGCUGGCUCUCAAGACUCUAUGGUCAACAUGGGAUUUUCGCAGGACUUCUUUAUCUCUCUGUUUAUAGCCUUUCAAAACUCAGGAGGAUUCAAUCUGAAUAUACCAUCAACAUAUGCAUCUCUGGAAAAUCAUCUGAGUACAUCUGCCCUUGGCUCCCUUAUCCCUGAGAUCAGCAGAAAAUACCCUCAAUCUCUGCCAGUGAAAAUUAAAAUUGUGCUCAGCAAAACACCAAUUGUGUCCUUCCAGUCUAACCAGCUUAUUGUCCAGAUUACUCCAUCGGUGGAGAUGGCUGUGGUGUUACCAAACUCAAAAUGUCAGCACUUACUAACAGUCAAUGUGGGUGCUACCUUGUUGGCUUCUCUAGAUGUGAAAGGUGGAAAGAUGAAGACAUCGGUUGCAUUAACAGGGGACCUUAACCUGGCAUUUGUCUCUGUGUCUUAUGGACAAAGUAAAUGCAAUCCAUCGAUGUUAUCUGGAUACCUGCGUACUUUGUUUGUAAAGGCUUACUUGCUACAGAUCAACGAGGCACUGAGUAUUGGCGUGUCGUUACCAUCAUUACCUAACGUACAACUCAUCCACCAAGUCAUUGAUGUAAAGGAGAAUUACGCAAUUAUGUCAUGUGAUCUUCAAUACAUCAACUGACCGUGUCACAUGGAAAGAAGAUUGAGGGGACUGGCAGUGCCAAUUCAAAGAAUGGCAUUUGAAAGAUAACUGGGAAAUAGUUAUUUGUGCAGAUUGCU